GCCUGGAAUCCAAAUCCCAUUCGCCGGGAACGCAUCCAGACCCGGGUUGAACCGUGCUUUGGUCUCCAUUGGAAAUUUGACAGCAAUAGAGAGAAAAUGGGUUCUCCGCCCCGGGAUUCUCUCGUUCCUUUAUAUAUAUCAGUUGGAAAGAUGAGUAUGUCAGAUGUUGUCCUAUCGAGAACGAAUAAUGCAGAUUUCUCGGUGAACAGCAAUGCCCGAUAG